GGGCCGAGGCCUGUAUGCCUCCUCUAGGGUCUCCCCGCCAUCUGGACGACCCCAAGCUGCAGCACGGGCUUCCGGCUUCUCCCUUCAGUAGACGAUUAGAGGGAGCAGCGGCCUCCGGAGACCAGCCCCUCUCGCCCACGCCCGUCGGUCCCAAGCUUCCAGGACCCGAGAGGAGCGCCGCCCGCCGCGGACUUCCCUUAGGGCGGGAGCAGGACGGCCCCGCUCCCGGCGAGAUGGGCAGCUCUCCAAAAAAGCACAAACAAUUGAAGGAUGGAUACCACUGCAUACAUUAAAAGCAUGUUGAAAGGAAAAUAAGAAAGCCAGGAAUCUCAGUAUGAACCCGUCGAGAUCGAGAUCGGACGAUGGUGGUGAAGAAGCCUCAUCUCAAGACCGUAAUCAACGUGAAAGUGAGAGAAGAUGGCAGCAAGAGCGUCUCCGCAGAGAAGAAGCCUAUUACCAGUUUAUUAAUGAGCUCAACGAUGAAGAUUAUAGGCUAAUGAGAGACCACAAUCUUUUAGGCACCCCUGGAGAAAUAACAUCAGAAGAACUGCAGCAGCGAUUAGAUGGAGUCAAGGAACAGCUCGCAGCUCAGCCUGACUUGAGAAAUGGGACAAAUGCCAGAGGUACCGUGGACUCCUUUUCAUUAGGAACAGACUCAGAAGUCCCUCGAGAAAGUCCAAAUGAAGAUUCUCUGCUAGAAUGGUUGAACACGUUUCGACGCACAGGAAACGCAACUCGAAGUGGACAAAACGGGAACCAGACCUGGAGAGCCGUGAGCCGAACAAACCCCAACAGCGGCGAGUUUCGGUUUAGCCUGGAAAUCCACAUAAAUCAUGAGAACAGAGGAAUUGAACUUCACGGCGAAGAUCAGACCGGCGUUCCGCUGUCAGAUUUUAGCAGGGAUCGCGCCGCAAGUAGGCACCAGAGAUCGGCUAGCCCCGUGGCUAGGCGAACAAGGAGCCAAACCUCCCUGAACCUCCAUGGUGGGAGUUCCAAUGUCCCGAGGACGAGGCUUGGUUCAAGGGGGCAGAAUUCGGUAGAAGGAUCUCUCUCAACACUGGGAAGAUUACGAAGUGGCCUUGGGGGAGCAGUCGGCAUCCCUAGAACGAGAGCCGCGCGGGCUAGCUUAGGUAGCCGCGCGAGCCAGGCGGGUGGCAGUGACCUCAGGCAGCGGGAGGGGCAGCGGUUUGGAGCAGCGCAUGUCUGGGAAAACGAGGCUAGAACUAAUGUCACAGUGAGGAAUACAAACCAAAGAUUAGAGCCACUGCGAUUGCGGUCUGCUUUCAGUAGUCGAAGCCGCUCGCCAAUCCAGAGGCAAAGCAGCACCGUUUAUCGUAACCCCCAGAGAGAAAGCAGACCUUCACAGCAACACGUCAGCAGGUCUGUUAGGAGGAGAGGGAUGACGCGUGUCUUUUUAGAGCAGGACAGGGAACGUGGAGGUAUCGCCUAUGCGCCCUUCUCGAACUCAAGACUUGUGUCAAGAAUAACAGUCGAAGAAGGAGAAGAAUCCCCCAGACCUUCAAGUGCUGCACGACGGCACCCAACGAUCACCCUGGACCUCCAAGUGAGAAGGAUCCGUCCCGGAGAAAGCCGAGAUCGGGAUAGUAUCGCGAGUAGAACUCGAUCUAGGGCAGGGCUGGCGGAGAACACAGUCACGAUCGAAAGCAAUAGUGGGGGCUUUCGCCGAACUAUCUCUCGUUUAGAGCGGUCCGGUAUCCAGACCUAUGUUAGCACCAUCACAGUCCCCCUGCGCAGGGUUUCUCAGAAUGAGCUGGUGGAACCAUCAUCCGUGGCCCUUCGGUCCAUUUUAAGGCAGAUCAUGACCGGAUUUGGAGAACUGAGUUCCCUAAUGGAGGCCGAAUCUGAGUCCGAGAUUCGGAGACACGGCCAGCACUUAGCAGAGAGGCACUCCGCGCUGAGGACACGAGGUGCAGCUAACGACCGGAGCCAGCCCCGUCCAGGUGCCGCUCGAAGCAGGCGGGCCCGAGCAGACAGCACUGAAGUGCCCGGAGAGAGCGGGACUGCCCAGCCUCACGCCCAGCACGGUGGCGACAGAGGGGGCAGCCAGCCGCGAAAUUCAAAUACCUUAGUCGAAACUGGAACACUACCUAUACUUCGCCUUGCUCACUUCUUUUUACUAAAUGAAGGUGAUGGCGACGAUCACAUACAUGGUUUAACCAAAGAGCAGAUUGACAAUCUUUCCACCCGGAACUAUGAGCACAACAGUAUCGAUAGCGAACCAGGUAAAAUCUGUAGUGUGUGUAUCAGUGACUAUGUGACUGGAAACAAGCUCAGGCAGUUACCCUGCAUGCACGAAUUUCACAUCCAUUGUAUUGACCGCUGGCUCUCUGAGAAUUGCACUUGCCCCAUCUGCCGGCAGCCUGUUCUGGGGUCCAGCCUAGCCAACGACGGGUGAGGUGUUGGGGCUCUUCAGAUAGAUUACAUUUUAGUAGAGCUGAGGAUUUAAGCACUCUUCUGUUGAAUUAUCUGUGAUGGGCUAACCAGGAUGAAAAAAGAACAGAUUAUUAUAGUUGGAACUAUUUUUUGUGUGCUUUUUUUAACUUGUUAAAACGAACAUUUCUAUAAAACUGAAAACGGCGUAUGUUAAAUUAUCAACAAGUACAGAGUAGUCUAAUAUUGCUAGAACCAAAUAAUCUUUAAAAUGUUUUUAUUUUGGUAAUUUUGUCAUGCUAAAGCACUUUUGUAUCUGCACAGUUCAGUAAGUUAAAAAUCAAUCUUCCUUUUCUUAAUAGCACAGCCGACUUGACUUGGACCGCCAAGUCCGAUAGGCUUAGUACCAUGUGCCGACACUGGUGUCUACAAGCCUUUCAUCAACUUUUUAUUCUAAGGACAAUGUCUUUUCAUGAGAGAGUGUUUGGCUGAAUGUUUGCUAAAUAUAUUUAAGUUACUUGAAAUGUUAAAUUUAAUAUGCAGCAUACCAUAUAUGUAUAUAGAGAUAUAUAAUUUUAAGGUUAAAAUAUUCAGUCUGAAAACUACCAGUUUGGUUCGUAUUUAAGCUUUUGGGCUAUUACUGCAUUUGGCACAAUGUGUAACAUUUACAGGAUCAUCUCUGGGAGGAAGUAGAUUAAGAUAUUUAAAAAUAGAGAUAAUUAACUGAAGCGUCUCUGACAAUCGUAUUAGACAGCAAGCAAUAUGGAAUAUUGAACAAGUAUUUCUUUACUCAGAAACGGAACACGGACAUUUUAGUACGUAGAGAUUAUUUAACUUGAGUUCAGCCUUUUUGUGACUUUUUUUGAACGUGCAGACAAUUCUUCAGAUUAUAUUAAGUAACGUAUACCAAUAUGCAUGGUUUCUAAAAUUUACUUUUAAAAUCUAAAAAAAAAAUGUCUAUGAAGAAUCAAAUGCAUAGAUAAUAUGUUAAGUUUACUUGGAGGCCAAAAACUCCAAAUAAUACAAAACACAAAACCCUUAAGAGAAUGUGGAAUUUAUAUGAACACGAAGUAUGCAUUGAAGAUCUAUUUCUACCAAUAAAUAUUACAACAAAG